CUCCUACAGAUCCGGAAUGCUACGCCAGUUGCUUCUGAUUUUGGGAAGCGUCUUGAUAUUGUUCUCAUCCGUUUCGCGAGUAAACGUUUGAUUCAGUCUUCGAGAGGAAACUGCCAAUGUGAGGCUUCUCCCCGUGAAGAAUGGACCUAACGAUUUUAAAUUCACUUUUCGUCUUUCAUUUCGUGCUCCAAGGUGUAACGGCGGACGUGGAGCCGCCGACCAAUGUGACCCUACACUGCCGAAACAUGAGCAACUUUGUGGAGUGGAGUUAUGGCCAGCCAGUGCCAGGACUUAGAUUUCAAGUUCGUGCUUAUUCACGGUCAAGUUCUCCUCGUGAGCUUUGGGUGGACCCACCAGCCUCACAGGCUGAUGUUUCGUUUCUCUCUGAUCCACGUGAUUCUUACUAUAUUACUGUAAUUGCUGUUGUCGGAGUGAAUAAGUCUGCGAUUGCGCCUCCUAGCGGAAUCACUUUCAGCUACUUCAUGAAUUCUCCAGCACCACAGAAAUGUUUUUUGGACUUCCCACCAGUUAAUGUCACUGCCCACCACGAUGGCCACGUCCAGUUCAGUUUCGUUCAUCCGUGGUUGUUGUAUAACCAUGUGUUGCCUGGUGGUCGCAGUUCAGAAACUAGGAAGAAGAAAAGCCAUAAUGCACACAUCAGAGAGCCGCUGCCUGAACUCACAUAUGACGGUGUGAUCAUCAAUGAGAAGAAGCCACCUCAGCUCUUCACCUGUGAGACCCAACUGUGUGAAGCGAAACUUGCAGCGGAUCCUGCCGACAAGUACUGUCUGAGGAUCACGGGAGUGAUGGAGAAAAUGUUGGUUAAAGCCACACAAGAUUACUGUGCAGUGGCAACAUCAAAACCAACGCAUAACAAUAACAUCUAUAUCUAUGUGAUUGUGGCCAUCCUCAUGGUCAUAAGUGGAGCAUCGGUCCUCUUCAUAGCGUACAGAAAAAUUACGAAACCCACAACUACUUUACCAGCCUCUGUGACGAUCACGGGUCGACUGAAGCAGUGGACCUCGGGAAUGGUUCCAGAGCCAGUCAUUGUGCCAGAAAUUGAGCCUACCUCACCCCAACCUCUACUGCAAGGAGAGCAAAUAGUGAAAGAAGAGAAAGAAUUCACAUUCACUUCUGUUACAUCUUCUACCGAGACUGAAGGUCGUCUUCCCAUUGGUGUGUCAAUUGAGGAUGAAGGCGUGUGUGAUGUCGAGGAUGUAAAGAAUGAAGGACUUGGGUACAUGCAGGGCAGUAAUUUGGAGGGGAAUGAGCCAGAAGACUUAAGUGAGAUCCCCAGUGGUUACGAAAAACGCGAGGUGGUAGUCGAGAUGGCACCAGAUGAAAAGGCCACAGGCUACCGUUGUUGAACGUGGAACUGAACUCUGGAUCCGUGUGGAUCAAAAAGUAACAUUUGUGAAUAAUUAAAACUCCGCAGUGACUUGCAAAGGAGUUGUGGUUACAACUUUCAGGUGGUUAAGUUUGUGUAAUUUUCUUGUCUGAGCUCGCCAAUGCCACGUAAAAGCCAGGAGUCAGAACUCCCCUGCUGUUGGUGCACCUUGACAUCAGUUACAUUUUGCUAUGUACCUAAAUUAAUGUGUCAAAUCAGCGCAACAAGCCGCCUAUGUAAGUGAAAUUCCUAAGCAGUUUCAAAUUUACACCAGCUGAAUGGUUGGAAGAUAAAAUAGACUGUUGCCAUGUUGUCCAUUUAUUAUUUUGCUUUUCAACCCCUGAGGCCUACUGUGCUGCACUCACAGAAGUAUGUAGGCAAGCACCUUACAUUAACAUAGACAGAGUGUACAUGAGAUGUUUGUAGGUUUUUCGAUUAUCAUCAAAUAGGUAACCUAGCAAGAGUUUAACCGUUACCAUAAAAACCCUACCAACUGACUCAAUACUUAGCUGCAGUGAAUCGUGUUCAAUGAUUUAAAGGGAUUUUAACAGUGCUUUAUGUCCUGUAAUGCUAACAGCAAUAGUAAUUGUAACAUGUAUAUACUGUUAGAUAAAUACGUGUCAUUCAGUAACAUCUAUUUGCAUCUGUUGCAUGCAUGCAGAGCAUCACUAUACUCCGCUACCAGUUACUAUGCAUUGUGCUAAAAAUACUGCGUUCACUGAACAGCCUGUGAAUACCAUGAAUGUCCUCUUUCUUAUUUGCACUGCUGUGCUAUCACAGUGAAAUGGAAGUUAAAGCACCUUCAACUUCUGUAAUGUCUCAUUUUUCUGAAUGAAAUGGAAUAUUUGGACGGGGUUUACGAUACGGAUCUCAAUGUCAAGAUUUGAUGGGGCAGCUAGAACAAGCGAGAUAUUAAUUAGUUGCUCACUGGAGAAACUGAUGCUCGAAAUAUUAAAGAUGAGCUGUCAAAAACGUGUCGUUAUAAUAAUAUAAUAAUUGGAGAUCACUGACACCGACAUGAUUAGAAAAUGUAUAUUUUGUUUCACUUGGUCUUGACAUUCAUUUCAUUCAAUUUGAGUUAAUUGUCUCAUGAGAUGUGAGCCUGGUUUGCACUUAAGUGAUACGAUGUAAGAUUUUCAAUCUGUGUCAUUUUCUGAGUUGAAUACAAAUUGUUUUUAUAUUUUUAUGUUAGAUGUGCUUAUAUUUCUUCACUGACAGUCAGUAAUAUUAAAAUUAAAGAGUUUGAUCUAGACCUGCUCUAAUUAGAAAUUGCCAAGAAACAACUGCUGUAGUGAUACCGCUAUAUAAAUCAAUUAAAUUGAACUGAAUUAAUAUGUGAAUACAUAGAUUAAGUAAAGUAAAUCUGCAACAUUUUUUUGAAUGAUGCUGUUAAAAGAGGAAGUGCAAUUUUUAGAUUUUGUUGUUAAAGUCCACAGAUUUCAAAAGCUCAAUGAACAAAUACAAUUGCCAAUUAAUGUUAACUUGAACACUUAAUAAAUUCUCUGAUUUGGUUACUUCAAACCA